GUCACGCGGCGGAUCUAUAAGAGCCUGAGGAAGCGCCGCUAGCUGCAGGUCAGACGGAGACACGGUCCCGGGAGAGGCGGACACACCACACCGACAUCAUGGGAUACGGGGCCGGACGCGAUCAGUAUGAGCCCGCAGCCACAUCCGAACAUGGCGCCAAGAAGAAGAGCAAGAAGAGCAAGGCAAAAGCAAAGGAGAAAGACAUGGAUGAGCUGAAGAAGGAGGUGUCCAUGGAGGAACACAAGAUGACCCUCGAUGAAUUGCACCGCAAGUUUGGAACGGAUCUUGCACGGGGUCUUACAACAGCUCGGGCCGCGGAGAUCCUGGCACGAGAUGGUCCGAACGCUCUUACCCCUCCCCCCACCACUCCUGAAUGGGUGAAGUUCUGCCGUCAGUUGUUUGGGGGGUUCUCUAUGCUGCUGUGGAUAGGGGCUAUUCUCUGCUUCCUGGCGUAUGGAAUCCAGGCCGCCACAGAGGAGGAACCCCAGAAUGAUAAUCUCUACCUCGGUGUUGUCCUGUCGGCCGUCGUCAUCAUCACCGGCUGCUUCUCCUACUACCAGGAGGCAAAGAGCUCGAAGAUCAUGGAGUCCUUCAAGAACAUGGUUCCUCAGCAAGCCCUGGUGAUACGUAGUGGCGAGAAGUUGAGCAUUAAUGCGGAGGAGGUGGUCGUGGGGGAUCUUGUGGAAGUGAAGGGAGGAGAUCGUAUCCCAGCAGAUCUCCGGAUCAUUUCUGCCUCCGGCUGCAAGGUGGAUAACUCCUCCCUCACUGGAGAGUCUGAGCCGCAGACCCGGUCUCCCGAGUUCACCAAUGAAAACCCCCUGGAGACCCGGAACAUUGCCUUCUUCUCCACAAACUGUGUGGAAGGCACUGCCCGUGGUAUUGUCGUGAACACCGGUGACCGCACAGUGAUGGGACGUAUCGCAACCCUGGCGUCUGGUCUGGAGGGUGGCCGCACCCCUAUUGCCGUUGAAAUUGAGCAUUUCAUUCAUAUCAUCACUGGUGUGGCGGUCUUCCUGGGCGUCAGCUUCUUCAUCCUGUCGCUCAUCUUGCAGUACAGUUGGCUGGAGGCCGUCAUCUUCCUCAUUGGUAUCAUUGUAGCCAACGUGCCCGAGGGUCUGCUGGCCACAGUCACGGUGUGCCUUACCCUCACUGCCAAGCGCAUGGCGCGCAAAAACUGCCUGGUGAAGAAUCUGGAAGCCGUGGAAACUCUUGGUUCUACAUCCACCAUCUGCUCGGACAAGACCGGGACCCUCACUCAGAACCGUAUGACCGUGGCGCACAUGUGGUUUGACAAUCAGAUCCAUGAAGCAGAUACCACAGAGAAUCAGAGCGGUGCCUCCUUCGACAAAACCUCCUUGACCUGGACUGCAUUGUCUCGUGUUGCUGGUCUGUGUAACAGGGCGGUGUUUCAGGCCGGGCAGGAGAACACCCCGAUUCUGAAGAGGGACGUUGCUGGUGAUGCCUCGGAGUCUGCGCUACUGAAGUGCAUAGAGCUGUGCUGCGGAUCCGUGAGAGACAUGAGGGACAAGAACCUGAAAGUGUCUGAGAUCCCCUUCAACUCCACCAAUAAGUACCAGCUGUCCGUGCACAAGAAUGCCAAUCCCUCGGAAUCUCGUUACUUGCUGGUAAUGAAGGGGGCUCCUGAGAGGAUCCUGGACCGCUGCUCCACCAUCUUAAUGCAGGGGAAAGAGCAACCUUUGGAUGAGGAGAUGAAGGAUGCCUUCCAGAAUGCCUACCUGGAGCUCGGAGGCCUGGGCGAGAGAGUGCUUGGGUUCUGCCACCUGGCUCUUCCCGAUGACCAGUUCCCAGAAGGCUUCAGCUUUGACUCAGAAGAGGUGAAUUUCCCAACCGAGAACCUGUGCUUUGUCGGUCUGAUCUCCAUGAUUGAUCCCCCUCGUGCUGCUGUGCCAGAUGCCGUCGGGAAAUGUCGAAGUGCCGGUAUCAAGGUUAUCAUGGUGACUGGUGACCACCCAAUCACCGCAAAGGCCAUCGCUAAGGGAGUGGGCAUAAUUUCCGAGGGUAAUGAGACUGUGGAAGACAUUGCAGCCAGACUUAACAUCCCGGUGAACCAGGUUAAUCCCAGAGAUGCCAAGGCCUGCGUGAUUCAUGGCUCUGACCUCAAGGACAUGACUCCUGAACAGAUUGAUGACAUCCUCCGAUACCACACAGAGAUAGUCUUUGCCAGAACAUCCCCUCAACAGAAGCUGAUCAUCGUGGAAGGCUGUCAGAGACAGGGUGCCAUUGUGGCGGUGACCGGUGAUGGUGUGAACGACUCCCCAGCCCUGAAGAAGGCCGACAUUGGUAUUGCUAUGGGCAUUGCCGGCUCGGACGUCUCCAAACAGGCCGCCGACAUGAUUCUCCUGGACGAUAACUUUGCCUCUAUUGUCACUGGUGUGGAAGAAGGACGUUUAAUUUUUGACAACCUGAAGAAGUCUAUCGCUUACACGCUGACCAGUAACAUCCCAGAGAUCACACCUUUCCUCAUCUUCAUCAUCGCCAACAUCCCCCUACCGCUGGGUACAGUUACCAUCCUCUGUAUUGAUCUUGGAACAGACAUGGUCCCCGCCAUCUCCCUGGCUUAUGAGCAAGCGGAGAGUGACAUCAUGAAGAGACAGCCUAGAAAUCCCAAGACUGACAAGCUGGUGAACGAGCGUCUGAUCAGUAUGGCGUACGGGCAGAUCGGUAUGAUCCAGGCCCUGGGUGGUUUCUUCACCUACUUUGUGAUCUUGGCGGAGAACGGCUUCCUGCCCUGGACGCUGCUCGGUAUCCGAGUGAAUUGGGACGACCGGUGGGUGAACGAUGUGGAAGACAGCUACGGGCAGCAGUGGACUUAUGAGCAGAGGAAGAUUGUGGAGUUCACCUGUCACACAUCGUUCUUCGUCAGCAUCGUGGUUGUCCAGUGGGCCGACUUGAUCAUCUGUAAGACCAGAAGGAACUCUGUCUUCCAGCAAGGCAUGAAGAACAAGAUCCUCAUCUUUGGGCUGUUUGAAGAGACUGCCCUGGCCGCCUUCUUAUCAUACUGCCCAGGGAUGGACGUGGCCCUGCGCAUGUACCCACUCAAACCAACGUGGUGGUUCUGUGCCUUCCCAUACUCGCUGAUCAUCUUCAUAUAUGAUGAAAUCCGUAAACUGAUCAUCAGACGCAGUCCAGGCGGCUGGGUGGAGAAAGAAACCUAUUAUUAAGAACGUGUGGUUCGUCCCAACAUUUCACAUCACUCCCUACCCUCUCACCUGCCUGCACCCACUCGUUUCCUGCGUGCACCUGUCUGGCCCAGCCUGUUCCCGUGGAAGAGAUGCAUUUUGGCGAGGGGCGCAGUGUCGCCUGUGUGCGUCCUGUUCGGAGUUCUUAUUGUGCCUUCUCUGGUUUAGUUUUUGUAAGGAAGCACGUCGAAAAGAUGUUUUAUAUAUCUGCAUUUUUACAAAUAAAGAUGGGUUGAAGAGGGUC